AUGACUGCUGUUGCGUCGUACCACCCUUUUGACCUGGUCGUCUCCGUUGGUGUCACAGGAGUCGUCUAUUGCUUAGGUACGCUAAUUCCUUAUGUACAUAGUCAUGUGUAUUCUGCUAUUCUAUACUCACUUUUUUUUACUAUAGACGGACGAUCUUUGGUAAUGCGCGCACCCACCAGUUUUCUGUUUCCGUCCCCUUACUACGUAAACAAGGCAAGUGCCAAUGAUGAUUACCAACCGCCCCAGGCAUAAACUAGUGUUGAAUGGUCCUAUCUGACAUCCUCAUUUGCCCACCUGACCGCCUCUUUGUCAAUUUUAGCUUCAGGCUCCUCACGAGGACAAGUCCACUACGAAGCCUUUCGUCUCGUAUGCUCGUCCUGAGAAAGGUAAGAGGUGCGGAUCCGGGGCUUUCACCGAUCGCCCCAAUUGGGUGGCUUUCCUGAAGUUCUUGCACCCAAACCUCAACCUUAGGUUUGUUUCCCCGAAAUAAACUACCAACUUAUGGAACAUUACCACUUCUUAUAUUGUGCCGGUUGUCCGUGUGAAGGUGUUAGCGUCCAUAUUCUCCAUGGCUGUACCUUUUACUUUUGUGUACGAUUAGACUGGGGGUUGCCGGGGUCCGUUGCUGCUCAUCAGGCGCGUGCAUGAUCUGCGUCUGGCGAGCCAAGCGGGGCAGAAACCCCCUUGUAACAAACAACAGGUUCUCCGUGGCUCGACACGUAACCGAAUGAAAUUUAUGGCGCUACUUAGGUACUGUACGAUUUUUCUUAGGAGUAAUUGUGCGUUUUGGCUCCAGUGCCUUCGUCGUCGUCAUUGCGUGCCUUCAUUUAGGCCGAAGCUGAUGUCCGCUGCCUUUGGGGACUUUAUACUCUGGUCGGCUAGCUGUCUGAUUGCGGGCAGCUUGAUGGGCCUCCUCAUUGGCAAGAUCUAAAAAAGGAAAACAGGCCAUGGGGACGGGCCGUACAAAUACCGUUUGGACUGGGCAAAUAGAUGGGCCAGUGGGCGAAGAAGCUUACGCUAGCCCCCUGUGAGAUAUCCUGUUGCCAAAGUCAACUACAGUCACAACUUUCUGCAUCAGUAUGCCCGGGCCAUGGGCUCCGCUGCUCAGGUAAGGGUGCGUGUGCUGGGGGUACGCUGGUGAGAUCGGUGAGCUCUGUCUUCCGAGUGUUUAAUCGAGAGUCGGUGCUCUGCCGUGUACGCUCCUCUCCUGUGGCAUCCAUAUCUUUGGCUGGGCUCGAUGCGUUCUUAGAAGCGAUGCUUGUUGCUUCUACGUCCCCUCGAAGAUGAAUAGCCGCUGACGGCAUGGAUUCGGGUGGCGGGACAGACCACUCGUCUGUCGGGCUUCAGUUGGGAGUCUUGCUUAUGGAAGGCCCGUUCGCCACCUAUCGAGCGGCGCGGGCGUUGGACUUGUUGGACGGCAACGCGUUCGCCCCGCCUGUCUUUGCAUUGCCAACGUUCCGUCAGAGGCUUGUCGUGUCCACGAAGAGGGACUAGUGGCGUAUUUUGUCCAUCGGAAUCGCUGGGGACAUUGUGAUGUGCGCUGACCGGAGGCACUACCCCGGUCGAUGUACCAUCAAGUAUUUAGUCGUCAGUUGUUAACUUGGUAGACAGAGAUCGACUCGUUUUCGCGAAGGCUAGCUUUGUUAGGAUGAAUCAAAGUCGACACCUGCAGAACAUGGCCGCGAGACCGCAUCGGGCAUCAGCUAUCGGCGAUGAUGCCUCGGUGAUUGGCACUCCGGGGAGCAGUUCACGAGGCAAAACGAGGAGCCUGACGAUGCUCUCCAGGGGGUGAGGGUGCUUUGUGGGUUUAGUCCAACUGCCAUUCCUGAAUGCUCUUGUGGAGACAUCUACCAUGCCUGUUCUGUCAACGCCUUGUGCGUGGGCAAUGCUCCGCAUCGCAAACUCCCAGACGCAAUCGGAACCCCCGAAGCAAGAGACUUGCGAAUGGAGAUUAACAGUAAUGAUGCCAGGCACAGCACUGAGGGUACCCAGGACUGGGCGAGUGGCGCUGCGCAAGUGUAUGGGCGUUUAGAUUGUCUUAUAUUUCCUGAGUCGUCUUGUUCCUGGUGGAGACAUGAACGACUAGGCCAACUUACGACAUAAAAUACUUUUUUUUGGAAGACUUGGCUUCCUCGAUUUCGCUGCGUCGUUAGAUUUAGUCGAUUGUAACGCUAUUUUGGAACCUGGGACCUUGCUGUAUAACUCGAGAACUAAACUUAGACAAGGCACAUCUCGGGCGUGACCAUUUCACCAUAAACGCCAGUGUCAGUCUUCCACUGUAUGGCUCCCAUCAUAGGACCACGAGUUCGGGAAUGAUGGCAGGCUCGAAGUGGUGGACCGUUCGGCCAACUUCGUCUCCUAUGCUACCAAAAGCCAAAGCCAGUGGGGAACCAGCCGGUUCACAUGGCUGUCACCUCGCCCGUCUGGUAGUAGCUGGAGGUGCUCGCAGUCUCGCCUCAAAAUGCGUCGGAGGACGAAGAAUAGUAUGGGAGGUAGGUUGUAGAGCCCCUGUCCUCGGCGGUCUCGAUGCGUGCUUUCUGUUAGGUGCUAACUCUUGCGAGACGAGGUAUCUAGUAAGCCAGACCUCUAGAGAGAAGUACAUCUUUGGCCGAUGGGGAUCGUCUCGGAUAUGGGACCCUGCUGCCGACCAAUGCCAACUGUUUAUGAGAUAGUGCGGAGUCACCGUCUCGGAUAAUUGGUCCACACGCUGUCGAAUCCUGAGGAGGAUUGUCUGCGCUGCAAUCUCUCUGAGCUCGUGAUCGAGGGGGCGCCGCCGUUGCGCUGGUUGAUUGAGAACCUGCGUGGACGCUACCAAGUGAGGAAGUUUUUGGGGUUCGCCACCGAAGCACGAAAUAAAGAACGACUGCCGGAGGACCAAUGGUUGGCCGCAGGACUGUGGGCUUCUAAGUCGAUUGCAAAAUGCUGAAGACAACUGAUACUAGUCAGAGCAAGCUCCCAGAGCCCAGAAGCCAUAGAAUUAUCCCUCGUCCACCAGACAGUCGUCAUCCCGGCCCCAGAGAAUUCAAAGUAACCACGGUGGCGCUAGGGGCUAAUCUGGUAAAAUGGAUUAAUUGUUGCCUUGUAAUUGGCGGACAGAUGACGCGUUCUUGUUGUAACAUUUGGUCAACCGACGACCCGUAUGUACACACUUAAAUAUCAUCACAACGUCUUCGACAUUGGCAUGCACGCCCCUCCUGUGGUAUUGAAGACAGUUCCAAAUAUAUUUUUCAUCGGCUGCGGAGACCUGCUGAUGGCUUCUACUUCAGUUAGUGUUUUUGACGAUGAGGAUGACCGGAGUAGACCUUGUAGAUCGUUGCACCACGCGUCUUUUCGAUGGUUCCAGUAAUCAGUGCAAAAAGGGUAAAAGCCCACUGAACUCCGUACUUCACCGCCGCCUCUUCGGACGUUAUUGCGAUAAGAUUCUAAUCGUCUAACGAUAGCGUUAGCCUUGCGCAAUGCAACUAGGCCAACAAAUGACUUUUCUCGAUAGUACUGCGGCGGUUGGACCAGCUUUAGAAAGAUACAGCUGACGGACGCUACCGGCAAGGCCAGAUUGAGCGACAUUGACACCUAUCGAAUGCCUCCGAUGUCUCCAUCUCUGUGAAAAAAGUCACAAACGCCAGAGACACCCGAAGACUGUUUCUGCUGAUGUUGCCGGCCGGUGAGGGAUUCCCUGCUGUUGGUGCCUCAUUUCCAAGAAGUGCUAAGAAAACAUGUACUGCACGGCGGUUGAGGCCAGGCAGUUGUGACUGAUUCCGAAUCUGUUUGUCUAUCAGUUGUCCUUCUCGCUUCUAUCGCCAGUCACUUACUUCCUAUGACGGGUCCAGUCUGGUGCCCAUGCUAUAGCAAGUACCAUUGUAGAAGUAUGAAAAGGCAGCCUUCCAGUUGGGUAAUGCAAAACUGAUGAUGAUUCAUUAGUACAUCGGUUGCGUGAAAUUAUUUGUCAGAUGCAUACUGCAGGCUUAUUACCGAAAGAAAGUAUUUUGGUUCUCUUUCCAGUACACAAGAAGGGUGGCAUGACACGCUCUGAAAGCUAG